AGGGUGGCAAAACACAAAAGAACCUCAAGAUGUCUGUAAUUCAGAGAGGGACAGCAACGCUUCGUAAAGCAAAGAAAAUCACUGUAAAAACAUGUCUAGAUAACCCCUUUGUUUUUCAGUGGAAAACCAUAGAUGGAGAAGAUAUGCAUUUUAUACUACAGACUUUAGAAGAAAGGAUUAAACAUAUUGGACUUAAAAAGAUUGAGACUCCGAGAAAGAAAAAACGUUCCCUUACAAAAAAAACAGUGGAAAGAAAGUGUGAUGCUAGCUCCAGUGAACUCCCUAAAGAAGAGGAAGUAGAAGGUCAUCGUCAAAAACCAGGAUGGACUGACAUAAGUGUCAGAAGGCAGCUUGCUAUUGGAGUUAACGAAGUUACAAAAGCAUUGGAAAAAAAUGAACUACUUCUCUUGCUGGUGUGCAAGUCUGCAAAACCUACCAUGAUCACAUCACAUCUUAUUCAGCUGAGUGCAAGUCGAGCCACACCAGCAGGCCAGGUUCCCCGGCUCAGUGAAACAGUUGCACCACUUCUUGGCUUAACAUCCAUUUUAGCACUAGGCUUUAAAAAGCAGUCUGAUAAAUUUACUGAAGCAAUAGAAGCAAUCAUUCCAAAGAUACCAGCUUUGGAAGUGCCAUGGUUUCAGUACAGAACAGCAGAAUCAGUGGCUUAUGCACAUACAGAUUCUUCAGAAAAUCAGGAACCCGAGCAGCUUGCAGAGGCGCUGGGGGAUGAGCCCACAAGCCAGAAGCGGAAGCGUAUGGAAAGCAAUCAGCUUGAUCUUUCAAAUGUAGUUUUGCAGCCUUUGAAAAUCAAGAAACUUGUUCCAAAUCCAAAUAAGGUAAAGAAACCACCCCGCAAAAAGAAAAAAGCUUUUUCAGCAUAACUGAUUUUAGUUUGGUUCUUCAUAUUAAACUGAUUUUUUUUAAAUGCAGUAUGAAGUACAGCUCUAACUGAACUAUUUUGUUAGGCUUUACGGUGUAAAGCACUGGAAUACAAAGUGAACUUUAUGUUGCAUUCAGUUGAGGUACUUUCUGCUUUAAUAAAGAAUAUUGCU